AAAGGUAUAAGGUUAGAAGAAGGAGCAUACGAAAGAAUAAAAAAGUACAAAAGAAUAAAAAAGACAAACAUCUUAAGACUGUACUGAGUUAUUUUAUUAAAGAAGAUAAACAAAACAGAUUCCAGGGAAACACCUACUUCCGGAAAACCUGUUUCCAUAGUAACGCUUCCCAAACUCAAGCAUGGUCCGCAUCAGCGAAGAUCUCAUUCGCCGUCGAGCUGAGCACAACAACUGUGAGAUCUUUUCUCUGGAAGAGAUUUCACUGCAUCAACAGGACAUUGAACGGAUAGAGCACAUCGACAGGUGGUGCAAAGACCUGAAAAUCCUCUAUUUGCAAAACAACCUAAUUUCAAGGAUAGAGAAUGUUGGUCGACUGAAAAAGCUGGAGUAUCUAAAUCUGGCACUCAAUAACAUUGAAGUGAUUGAAAAUUUGGAAGGUUGUGAAGACCUUCAGAAGCUUGACCUGACUGUGAAUUUUAUUGGUCAGUUAAGCAGUGUGGGGUCACUGAAAGAGAAUGUGCAUCUCCGGGAGCUGUUUCUUGUAGGCAAUCCUUGCACUGAGUUUAAAGGUUACAGGCAGUAUGUGCUGGCCUGCCUGCCUCAACUUCAGUGGUUAGAUGGCACAGCAAUACGGCGAGCCGAGCGGAUAAAGGCUCUGCAAAACUUUGAUGACUUGAAGAAGUGUGUCUUAGAUCAAGAGGCUGAGUAUGUGAAAAAGAGAACAAAACAGAAAGAGGAGGGGAAGACAGUAACCACAAACUGCAAGCCAGAGGAUUUAGAGAACAACCAUCUUUCGAGGAAGGACUCUCGGAUAAAGGAGAACAGGAACCAAGACUCAGAUCUUGAGUGUCAUCCAAAUCAAAAUUCAAACUCAGAGGAUGAAGAGAGCAGUUUUUGGGGAAAGCCAUGUGCCUUUACUCCAGAGUCAAGACUGGAGGCACAUCGCCAUCUAGAGGAGAAGAGGAGAGCAAAAGAGAGAGUCAGAGAACCAAAGAAAAAGGAUAAGCCCUCCAGGACUCUUAUCACAUCCGAUGGAAGAGUGCUGAAUGUCAAUGAGCCAAAGUUGGACUUUACUCUACGUGAAGAUGAAGAGAACAGCUGUGUGCUUCUGGAUCUGCAUGUAUACAGGCAUUUGGACACCUCCUUGCUGGAUGUCAAUGUUCAGCCUACAUACGUGAGGGUGACUGUCAAAGAAAAGGUGUUCCAGUUAGUUUUGCCUGCUGAAGUUAAACCAGACAGCAGCACAGCACAGCGAUCUCAAACUACUGGCCACCUGCUUAUCACCAUGCUCAAGUUGCAUGGAGAGAUAAAAGCAAAAGAAACAUCCCUUAAAAUGCCCAGUUAUGACAGCAAUGGAAAUGGAACUUUAGAGGCCUCGAAAGAAAAGCGCAGGGUGAUUUCUGAUUGUCAGAAAUUAGAAGUUGACCCCACCAAAAGCUUUGCUGUACAACUUGCCAACAUUGUCCCUAAGGAAGACAACACUACCACCCAUGGCCCGCUGCAGCUUUCCUGGCCUUUUUCAGUACAAGAGAAGCCUAUCUCUAAAGACUUUGUGGAUGACCCUGAAGUGCCCCCUCUUUUGUGAGAAACACAAAGAGAGGAAGAAUAAGAAAGGCUUCAGGCCCUGCAAUUUCCAUUAUCAAAAACACCUGAGCUAGCUCACCAAGAUUUGUAAGCAAAUCAAAAGCAAGUUUUCCAAACUUGGAGAUACAUUGAUGUAAGUCCAUGACGUAAAGGUCAGGUGUUUAUGUGUUUAAUUAUGUUUACAUAUGUGACAUCUAGAGUCAAACAUACUCCAAUUUUGUUCAUUCAAGUUUGUAAUUCAAAUAUCUCCAGCAUUUUUUGUG